AUUCAUACAAAACCAUGAUAAUUUCAAAUAGACUAGUGAUGGCUUAUGAGAGCAAAAAACCAUACAUAGCAAUGAUACUAGUUCAAUCAAUCUAUGCAGGCAUGGCUUUAUUAUCUAAAGCAUCCAUUUCUUCAGGAAUGAAUCCUUCUAUAUUCGUUGUUUAUCGUCAAGCCUUUGCAACCCUAGCAUUAGCCCCAAUCGCCUACUAUUUUGAAAGGAAAGGUGUUGCUCAGUUAUCCUAUACCUUAAUAUGGAAGAUCUUCUUCAGUUCUUUAAUUGGGAUUACGAUAUGUUUAAAUUUGUACUAUCAUGCACUCAAGCAUACAUCGGCAACGUUUGCUGCUGCUUCAACUAAUCUGAUUCCUGCCAUUACCUUUAUUAUGGCUCUUAUGUUAAGGAUUGAGAGGAUGUAUAUAAAAGAAUUGCACGGUUGGGCUAAAUUGAUCGGAUCUAUCGUAUCUGUUUCUGGGGCUCUCGUGUUUGCGUUUGUGAAAGGACCAUCGUUGAUCUAUAUGACAUCGUACGCACAAGGGGGAGGGAGUAGCGUUAUUUCAACAACAAAUCAUGCUAGCUCAAAAGGGGAGUUUAUUAAAGGCCCUCUUACAAUUCUUUGCGCCAACAUUCUUUGGUCUUGUUGGGGCAUUAUUCAGGCACCUAUAAUGAAAGAUUACCCGGCAAAGUUAUCAUUGGUUACGCUUCAAUGUUUCUUUAGUUUAUUACAAUCAAUAGUUGCUGCCAUAGCCAUGGAAAGAAACAUAUCUUCAUGGAAGCUUGGAUGGGAUUUUAAUCUCCUUUCUAUGGCAUAUUGUGGAGUGAUUGUGACAGCACUGACAUAUUGGUUGCAACUAUGGUCGAUAGAGAAGAAAGGGCCGGUUUUCACUGCCAUGUUCACUCCUUUGGGACUCAUCAUCACUGCCGCCGUCUCCACCUUCUUGUGGAAGGAAACCUUGUACACUGGGAGUGUAUGUGGGGCUGUGUUACUAGCAGGAGGAUUGUACUGUGUGUUGUGGGGAAAGAGCAAAGAACUUGAUGCCAUAAUCAUUGAAAUAAAACCUGAAGAUGAGGGAACCACGUUGGAAUCCAUAAAAACACAAGAGUGAUCUGAUGAGCGAAUUGUGUCAAAUCCGGACAUACAUACAUACAUCAAAGUGUCGUCCAGAUUAUGUCAUGCACCCGAGCAUCAUAUAUACCGAACAUAUAUAAGUGUAUGCAGUGGUCGUCCAUAUACGCCACUUGCAUUUUUAGUGCGAAAAAAGAUAAAUGUGAUUAAUUUGUUAAACUUUAACAAACAACUAAAAAUUUAGUAGGAUACAUGACAGGUCAAAAGUUAAAUCAAUCGUCAUAGAAUCUAUGUAUCUGCGCCAAAUUUUUUAGACAUGUAUUUAAAUCUAUCGAAAUUAGUUACAUAUGUCAUUAGUCUUUUUAACAUAUAUUAUGUAAAAAAUAGAUUUCUAGUACUGGGGUGUAGGUUCAAUUAUGU